GAGCAAAAAGGAAAGCACAGAGAAGAACUCAAGAAACAGAGCACAAUUUGCAUUUGCAACUAUAUAGAUGAAGAAUUGAUGAUCCCAUUACUCUUCAACCUCGCCUUUCCAUUGCUGCACCCAACAUCUUGUCUCAUCUUAUGGUUUCAAACUCCGCGUCCGCGUUCUGUUCUGGGCCCCCACACCUCUUUUCUCCUUGAGCCUUUUAAAUUCACUAAUUUUCUUCUGAAACAUCAAAGUUCUCUCUGUUUUUAAGCUCACUAGUUGUCUUCUGAAACAUCAAAGGUUUCUGUUCGUUUUGCCCGAUAUGAUUCAGCUUUUGUUUACGCUUAUAUUCGCCGAGAUGGCUCUAAUUCUGCUCUUCCUGUUUAAAACCCCUCUGAGAAAGCUUAUUAUCAUGGGGUUGGAUCGGGUUAAGCGAGGACGGGGCCCUGUCAUGGUGAAGACCGUCUGCGGGACCAUCUUAGUUGUCUUGUUAUCGAGUGUAUACAGUAUGACGAAGAUCCAGAAUCGUUCCAUGGAUUCCGCCGGUAUCGUCAAUCCGACGGAUCAGGUACUUAUGGCGAAGCACCUUCUCGAAGCGUCUCUUAUGGGAUUUUCUCUUUUCCUUGCACUGAUGAUAGACAGACUACAUCAUUAUAUCAGGGAGCUGCGUUUGCUAAGGAAGAGCAUGGAGGCUGUAAAGAAACAGAACCGAGGGUUUGAAGAUGGGAAAAAUGGGGGUCCAGAGGACACCAAAGCUUUAGAGGAAGAAAGGGCUAGCUUGAGGGCAAAGGUUAAAGAGCUAGAAUCCAAAUUUGAGGCCAAGACAAAAGAGACAAAGGCAGCAGAAGCUAAUGCAGAAGCACUGAAGAAGCAGUCAGAAGGGUUCCUUCUCGAGUAUGAUCGCUUGCUAGAAGACAAUCAGAGCCUUCGGAACCAGUUGCAGUCAAUUGACCGGAAGGUGUCACAUUCUGACAGCAAGAAGUCUACAUAGGAGGCCCAAAACCUGGUAGUAAGCAAUACUCUUAUGGUUUCCAGUUGGCACCUAUGGUAUAGGGUAAUGAUGUAUCCAUGAUGUCAAACAGUAAGGGGUUGAAGGGAAACGGAUGAUUUAUAUAUUAUUAGUUUAUUACAUGGAGCAGCAUGAUUUAGUUGUUGAAUUUUGUUUUUGUGUAUUUCGAUGGAUAAGUAGGUUAUAGAAACAGAAAGAUAUUGAUUGCUGAUAUAAUAAGAGAAAGAUGAGCUGCCCCUAGAUGAACUUCCUUUUGUGACCAAAGAAGUUCUCCAAAACCAUGAACCCAAUUUCCAAAUGCUCCCCUACAGAGCUUGUAUCAGUUUUCAGGGUCAUGGAAAUGCUAAAUAUUAGGAUUUGGGAUGGACAUGUUCAAUGGUUAA